GGCAUGGGCUGUUUCCCUUGUUGCGGCGGAGAUUCAUCCACCAAGAGAGAAGAUAAAAAGCGGAGCGCCUCCACCAGAAGAACCGAACUCAAGAGGGACGAUUGCGUAGCGCCGGCUGCCUCUGAGACACCAACAAGGGUUAGCCCUUACCAAGGUGCAAAGGAGGAGUGUAAUGAAGCAAGGCAGUCCACUUCAGGAAAGGAAGAGGAAUCUGGUCAAAGAGUUUCUGAAGGAGGGGAAUCUGAAACAGUCAAGGCUAAGACAUUUACCUUUGCUGAUUUGGUGGCUGCCACAGAAAACUUCAACCAAGAAUACUUUUUGGGUGAAGGUGGCUUUGGCAAAGUUUAUAAAGGUCGAUUGGUAGAUACUGGCCAGGUUGUGGCGAUUAAACAGCUUGAUCGCAAUGGAUGUCAAGGGAUUAGAGAAUUCGUUGUUGAAGUAUUGACCUUGAGUAUGGCUGACCACCCUAACCUUGUUAAGCUAAUUGGUUAUUGUGCUGAGGGUGAUCAAAGACUCUUGGUCUAUGAGUUUAUGCCUCUCGGUUCAUUGGAAGACCAUUUAUAUGACCGCCGAUCGAGUCGAAAGUUUCUUGAUUGGAAUACGAGAAUGAAGAUAGCGGCAGGUGCAGCAAGAGGCCUGGAAUAUCUACAUGACAAGAUGAAACCUCCAGUGAUAUACCGUGAUUUGAAAUGCUCGAAUAUAUUGCUUGGGGAGGAUUACCUUCCCAAAUUGUCUGAUUUUGGGUUGGCGAAAGUCGGCCCGCUUGGGGACAAGACACAUGUCUCUACCAGGGUGAUGGGCACGUAUGGUUAUUGUGCACCGGAUUAUGCCAUGACCGGUCAAUUGACUUUCAAAUCAGAUAUUUACAGCUUUGGAGUUGUUCUUCUUGAGCUCCUCACUGGUAGGAGAGCUAUUGACAACACCAGACCUACUGCUGAACAAAAUCUUGUUGCUUGGGCACGACCGCUGUUCAAAGAUAGGAAGAAGUUCCCUGAGAUGGCGGACCCUGCGCUCAAAGGUCAGUUUCCGACCAGAGGGUUAUACCAGGCUCUGGCAAUUGCUGCAAUGUGUGUGCAAGAACAACCAAACAUGCGCCCCCUCGUUGCUGACAUCGUCACCGCCCUAAAUUACCUCUCUGCCCAAGAAUACAACCCGCAAUCUGUACAACCCGUUAAACCCACCCGAAGAGGUCCGUCUUCUGAUAAGCCCAAUCGAGAUGGGCCGGAGACGGAUGCUGCUAAUACUUGUGACGUAGAUGAGGAGGAUGGAAGAUAAAGGCGGCUAUGGUACAUACAUUGAUGAGGGUAGGGGGUGAUUUGAUGUAUAAAAAGUGAUUGUUGGCGACGUAUGUCGCAACUCGCAAGGCCUAGAUUGUUUUUGAGAUCCAGUGCUACAACUGUUCUCUUUUGUAUUAUAGCAAAGAAAACAAUAGACGUUGGGAGAAGGGAGGAACAUGGUUAAUUGUAUGUUACACCAAUGAGAAUGACAAAUCACAUGCACAUAUUGAUCUUUUGGGCGCCAUUUAGAUUUGGGUUGUGUAGUGUUAGGUAAAUCUUUAGUCUUAACAUGUUGAGAAACAUCAUUUGGGUAUUUGUCUGUUUGGAUACAAAUAUACAAUUGUGAACUUGUGGACUAACUAAAUCAAUAGCUUCACCUCAUCCAAAUGCGGCCUCUCAAUAUGUCAUUAACACUGUGGACUGG